GCUUACUUUGAUGCGCCCAUUUUAUCUUCUUGCACUACUUCUUACCCACGCAGCAUCAAGAUUUCCAAAUCCCAUCAAGUAGAAUGUAACUUUUGCUGCAAAAGUGGCAAUAGAGUUUAUUUGGACUUUACUGCAUUUGGUGUUUGUUUGGUGUAAUUCUUGAUUAUCAGCAAUGAAUUCUUGAAACCAACGAAUGGCAAUGGAAUACUAAUUCUGUCUACUUGAAAGUUUGGAAGAGAAAUAUCCUAUUUCCCAAGGAAUGGGGAAGCAAGGAUCUCCUAGAAGUCGUCUUGAUUCUUUAAAUUUUGAUUCAUCGUCUGGGCUUAAAGAGCAUCAAUUUAAGUGGACGGAAAUGCUACAAAAUGGUGAUCCGUCUUUAGGUAGAAGGGUGCCUGGUGGAGACUACUAUUGGGAUAGUGUUGUAUCUGGUAAAGGGUCUAAGAAUGAUACUAUGAAGUCUUGUAAAGGAGUUUAUGCUGGGAAAAGGCACACAUGGUGGCUGCAUAGACACAUUAGGUCAAUUAUUUUCACAUUCAUGUUGGUGUGUUUUCUUUUUCUUUUGGAUUCUGUGAUGGUUUCCAUUUUUGAUCCCGUGAUUCUCCAUCAUAAUCUGGCUCCUAGAAAAUCAAGGGUGACAGAGGAGAAAAAACCUACAUACUAUGAUCAAGAAAGAAGUCCAGUGAAGAUGUAUCAUCGACUACUUAAUUUGGCUUCUAUUUCUCUUGCAGAGAGAGAAAAUGAGCCACAACUAUCAAAGUUUUGGAAGGAAACUUACCCUCAGGCAUCCCUGUGGAAACCUUGUGCACAUAAGAAAAAUUCUCAAGAAAAUAUCGUGCUUCUGAACUAUGGUACAAUGGCAGGGAAACCAAGGAAUAGCACUGGUUUUAUAUUGAUAAGUGCAAAUGGAGGUCUAAAUCAACAACGAGUUGCCGUCUGUAAUGGUGUUGCUGUAGCAUCUCUGCUAAAUGCAACUUUAGUGAUUCCCAAAUUUCUUUAUAGCAAUGUAUGGAAGGAUCCAAGCCAAUUCAGUGAUAUUUAUCAAGAGGAGAAUUUUCUAAAUGUUUUGAAGGAUGAUGUCAAUAUUGUGAAAGAGCUCCCUCCUGAUCUAAAAUCAAUAGAUUUUGAAGAAAUUGGCAGUCUUAUAACUGAUGCAGAUCUUCCGAAGGAGGCAACACCUCAUGAAUACAUUAAGAAUGUACUUCUUCUGCUACAGCGUAAUGGAGUCGUUCACUUCCUUGGAUUCGGAAAUCGACUUGGGUUUGACCCAUUUCCUUUUAACCUCCAGAGACUACGAUGCAAAUGUAAUUUUCAUGCUUUAAAAUUUGUACCAAGAAUUCAGAAGGUUGGAUCAUUACUGAUCAAGAGGAUAAGAAAAUAUAAUUCUGCAAGGAGCAUGUUAGACAAGCAACUUCUUGGAGACUUCAUCUCAGACGUCCCUUCUAAAGAGCAUAACACCAUAAGAAGCCCUUCUAACUAUCUUGCUUUGCACUUGAGGUUCGAAAUUGAUAUGGUAGCCUAUUCUAUGUGUGAGUUUGGGGGCGGAGAAAAUGAGAGAAGGGAACUUCAAGCAUACAGGGAAGAACAUUUUCCGCUUGUCAUCAAGCGGUUGAAGAAAAUAAAACCUCUCACUCCACAAGAACUCAGACAGAUGGGGAGAUGUCCAUUGACACCAGAAGAAGCUGCAUUAGUUCUUGCUGGUUUAGGUUUCAAGAGUGGAACAUACAUUUAUCUUGCUGGGUCCCAAAUUUAUGGAGGAAGAACAAGGAUGCAUCCUUUGACUAGCCUAUAUCCCAAUUUGGUUACAAAGGAGGAUCUUCUCUCACCAUCUGAACUUGCACCUUUUAAGAAUUUUUCUUCACAGCUAGCAGCUUUAGACUUCAUUGCUUGUGCUGCUGCUGAUGUUUUUGCAAUGACGGACUCUGGGAGCCAGCUGUCAUCCCUGGUGUCUGGUUUUCGGGCAUAUUAUGGUAGUGGAAAUUCUCCCAUCGUAAGACCAAGCAAGAAAAGACUUGCUGCGAUUUUACAAGAAAAUAGCAGUAUUGGGUGGAGUACUUUUGAGAACAGAAUAGAAAAGAUGAUCGAGGAAGGUCAAAGAGUACAUAUGCGGCCUUUAGGCAAAAGCAUUUAUCGACAGCCUAGAUGUAAAGAAUGCAUGUGCAAACAUCAAUAGUUUCCAUUCCACUGUCAGUGUUUAUUGACGACAUCAACAUUGUUUGUUCCAAUGUCCUCAGCAAGUUUUAUUUGAACCGGAUAUUGUCUGCCCAUUUAGAGUAGCUAGAGUAUUAGCUUAAUGUUCCUCUCAUGAAAAUGAACCAAGCCUCUGUUAAUGAGCUUUGGCAUGGGGGUUUUAGACUCAAAUUACCUCCUGUAUAUUCUUUUCAUUAUUUUGAGUGACUGAAUACUACAAAAUUAUUAGUUUUUUUUUUU